UAUCAAAAAAUCAUCUAAAUUCAUUCUUACCCGAACCCGCAGACACCGAAUCCUAAUUCCCAACCCUUCUUCCUCAACCUCCGCUUUGUUCCUUCUCUACGUUUUCUCUGAUUCCAGUAUUCCACACUAUGGGCGAUCCCGUCCUUUCUCCAGUGAUCGGCCAAUCAGCUGACUCUUCUCAGCUUCCCACUCCGUCGUCAGACAUUCUCGCUCUCGAAACCCUAACACCUUCCCGCCACGUCCAACGCAUGAUCAAUGCCAACCACCAUGUGUCCCCGUCCCGCUCAAUUUACUCUGAUAGGUUUAUUCCUAGUAGAUCAGGCUCUAAUUUUGCCCUAUUUAAUAUAUCACCGUCCCCGCAGCCGCCUCCGCAAUCUGGGGGCGAGGGCAAGGAUGAUGCCUCCUCCAGUGCUUAUGCGGCAGCCCUCCGAGAUGCACUAUUUGGCCCUGAUACGCCGUACCGUAAGGACAACUCCUUGUUGUCUGUGAGGCGCAAUAUCUUCAGGUACAAAACUGAGACGAGACGGUCCUUGCAUUCACUUUCUCCGUUUGUGUUCAACGAGGAUGUUGGGCCCGGGGUCAUCCAUUGCCCUGUUAAGGCUCCAAGGAAGGUCCCUAGAUCACCUUACAAGGUAUUGGAUGCUCCUGCUUUACAAGAUGAUUUCUAUUUAAAUCUAGUAGACUGGUCCUCACAUAAUGUGUUGGCAGUGGGGCUGGGGAAUUGUGUGUAUUUGUGGAAUGCUUGCAGUAGUAAGGUGACAAAGCUGUGUGACUUAGGAAUCGAUGAUAGUGUGUGUUCAGUGGGUUGGGCUCAACGCGGAACGCAUGUUGCUAUAGGAACUAACAAUGGAAAAGUUCAGAUAUGGGACGCAUCACGCUGUAAAAGAGUAAGAACAAUGGAGGGGCACCGAUCAAGGGUUGGUGCCUUGGCCUGGAGUUCCAAUCUGUUGUCUUCCGGAAGCCGAGACAGAAGCAUUCUUCAAAGAGACAUACGUACGCAGGAUGAUUUUGUCAGUAAACUCUCUGGGCACAAAUCAGAGGUAUGUGGGUUGAAGUGGUCUUACGAUAACCGUGAGUUAGCAUCAGGCGGGAACGAUAACAGACUUUUUGUUUGGAAUCAACAUUCAACUCAGCCUCUGUUGAAAUACUGUGAGCACACGGCAGCAGUAAAAGCAAUUGCAUGGUCGCCCCACCUUCAUGGACUUCUUGCAUCAGGGGGAGGCACCGCAGACAGGUGUAUUCAUUUCUGGAAUACAACCACUAACACGCACCUGAGUUGCAUGGACACUGGUAGUCAGGUUUGCAAUCUUGUCUGGUCAAAGAAUGUCAAUGAACUUGUGAGCACCCAUGGAUACUCACAGAAUCAGAUUAUUGUUUGGAGAUACCCUUCAAUGUCAAAGCUGGCAACCCUUACAGGCCAUACAUAUAGAGUGCUUUAUCUGGCUAUCUCACCAGAUGGACAGACUAUUGUAACAGGAGCAGGAGACGAAACACUUAGAUUUUGGAAUGUAUUCCCUUCCCCAAAGUCUCCGAACACAGACAGUGAAAUUGGUGCAUCUUCCCUGGGGAGAACUACAAUCCGGUGACUCCUGAAAGCCUCCGGCUGCAUCCUUCCAGCUUUUAGCACUACCUCAGUGCAAGUGAAAGUUGAUCAUGCACCCUUCCCUAAUCCCAUGCAGUGAAGAAGGUUACUGUUCUUUCAAGCAUCGGAUUACCAUGGGUAAAGAGCUCAUGAUCUUCAACAAGCCCCGGCCUGAAAAUCUGCAGAACUAUCAAAUGCGGUACAGGAGUGGAGGUACAAAUUGAUAACUUAAUUCAUUCCUUUGUUUUUUUAAUUUACAUUUACCCUUGUAAAUGUAUAUAAGGAGGAGAAGUCAAUUAUUUCACAACUGCUUCUCCGAGUUGUAUAUUUUUGAGUGAGUAUUUUGUAGCAAGAUUUCCUAAUUAUGUGAAGAGGAUUUGUGUAAUUAAAUAUGUCUCAUGUAUGGUUGUC